UAUAUAUAUAUAUAUAUAUAAAAUAGAACAUUCAACUUUAAGUAAUCUAGACUCAAAAUACGUAGAAUAACUUCUGCUUUGAACCCCUUAAACAAUAAGUAGAAUUUCAGAAUUUCACAAGGUCAACAGGGGAGUGGAUUUUGCUGCAUUUCCAUUUUGUGAGUUUGUAUAAUCUGUUGGUUUACCAGAUGACGUCUUAUUUGUUACCUUGCUUUCAUUUUGCUAUAUGAAUUUGGUGGGGUUUAUGUCUGAAAACGGACAGUUGUUGCUGCAUUUUUAUGGAAAUUUGUCAUGCAAAUUUGUUGUGUAAAUUGAUAAACCGAUUAUGUAAUAGGCAUCAAAUCUCAUUGAGGGAGCUCUGUGUUUAUCUCAAAAGUGGAGCUUCAUAUUUUUCAAAAUCAAUUAAACAGAUAAAAAUUAGUAGCUGAUAAACCAACAAGUUACCAUCUUUAUUUUGAAGUUGAAACUUGUGAAAGUAUUUAGUUUUAAGCUCUUGAUGACAAAAAGCAAGACUUUCUAACUAGGGAAAAGGAAAAGUUAAUGGCAAGAACACAAUCGAUUAUGCCGGAACUGGUGCUAGAAAAAUUAGUAAUACGGUUAAUCAAGCCAAUAUUUGUAUAAACUACAAAGAGUGCAAGUCAUGUUAGAUUACAUUGAUAAAGAUAAUUGACAAUCUAAUGUAUUCAUAAAUUCUCAAUUAACCUGUUAAAUUAUUUAUGCAACUACAUAAAUAUUAAUAGAUUCUUAAUCUAUGUAAAUGAAUUUUAUUCUAUUUACUUCUUACUCCUUUUGCAUUAUUUUGUUAAUAUAAUUUUAUUGUAUACAUAUUAUGCAUGUACUAGAUUAUGGCACCUGAAAAACAAUGGAUGCAACUUAUUCAUGAUCGACUUGAUGAUGCUUAUAAACUUGGGGCAGAGAAAUUCUUGGAUUAUGCUUUUACAAGACUAGGAGAAACACACACAAUACGUUGUCCAUGCGUCAAAUGUGGGAGAGGUUAAGUGAGCCACAUUCAGAUUCUGAGCUUGCAGAUGACAAUGAUGUUGAAGAUAGUGAUGGUGAAGAUGAAAUACAUGGGAUUUUAAGAGAUUUAUACCCCAAUUUCGAUAGAGACAAUAUAGAAACGGGCGGUGAUGAUUUUGUUGAGGAGGAACCAAAUCCGGAAGCAAACAAAUUUUAUAGGCUCUUAAAGGAUUUUGAUCAACUACUGUACGAAGGUUCAAAAAUUUUUAAACUUUCUACUGUGAUUAAAUUGCUUCACAUUAAAAGUAUUGGUCGUUGGAGUAAUGAGUCAUUUACAAUGUUGUUGAAAAUAUUAAAGGAAGAUUUGUUGCCUGAUGAAUCAAACUUGCCAGCUUCAUAUUAUGAAGCAAAGAAGAUAAUUCACGACCUUGGGCUUUCUUACAUGAAGAUUGAUGCAUGUAAGAAUGAUUGCAUGCUAUAUUGGAAGGAUGAUGAGCUUCUUCAAUUUUGCAAAGUUUGUGGUGCAUCUAGGUACAAAGAGGAUAAACGUAGCGAGGAAAUAAAAUGUAGAAGUGGAAAAAAGAUACCAUACAAGAUUUUAAGUUAUUUUUCUCUAAAGCCAAGACUUCAAAGAUUAUUUAUGUCCUCAAAGACAUCUUCUUUGAUGACAUGGCAUCUGACACGACCCAAUUUCCAAACCCGAUCGUGAUGGCGCCUCUCGCGAAGACAAGGCCAGCCAGACCAAACAAAACACCUUUUG